CUUGUACCUACCCUAGGCAGGUACCUACAUAGUAGUAACUGAAGCCGUUCAAUCAAGUGACAGUAUUAAAAAUCCUUGGAUUCCCGAUAAGCCGUUAUCAGUCCAAAAAUUUGUUAAGCGUCAAGAAAUAUCGAAAUAUUACUUAGUAAGUGGUGGAAAUAAAAAUAAAUCACUAACAACACUUGCGAUCUUUGAAGCGCGGAAAAAAUAGAAAAAAAAGAGAAAAGAACAAAAUAAAAUGAAGUAAAAUCAGCAUAGUACAUCAUCUUUUCCAAUUCAUUCGCUUGGUUCAAGAUUGAUACUUUUCGGUUUCUCAAUUUCUUUUUCUUCUUUCUUAUCAGUCAUGAGGGUCCAGAGAGUUGCGGCUGUCCUCAACGAUGGCCGGAUCUUGGGAUCUAGGUGUAGCGCACGCUUUCUCAGUGUGGGUUCGAGGUGCCAGGGAGCUCGUUCAACUACGCCAUUAAUCGCCGCUCCGUUGCGUGUCGAGGGGAGACGAUAUUUCAAUCUUACGAAACCACGAUAUGCUGCCGCAAGCGCUGCCGCUACCGCCGCGCUGAAGCGGGCUGCAGAAGAGGCCAAGAACCUUACUCCUGAAGCCGUGUUUGCGAAAAUGAGCCCAGAGGAGAAGAAGCGGCUCUCGAGAGUGCGCAACAUCGGUAUCGCUGCACACAUCGACAGCGGAAAGACGACUUGCACGGAACGAGUACUAUUCUAUACUGGACGAAUCAAGGCUAUUCACGAAGUUCGAGGCAGAGAUGGCGCCGGCGCAAAGAUGGACUCCAUGGAGUUGGAGCGAGAAAAGGGUAUUACUAUUCAGUCUGCCGCGACCUUUUGCGACUGGAAAAAGGUAGAGGACGGUAAGGAAGAGACGUACCAUAUCAACUUGAUCGACACACCCGGUCACAUCGACUUUACCAUCGAGGUAGAGCGUGCCUUGCGAGUUUUGGACGGUGCUGUCAUGAUUCUAUGCGCUGUCAGUGGUGUCCAGUCUCAGACCAUCACCGUCGACAGGCAGAUGAAGCGCUACAACAUUCCUCGUAUCAGCUUCGUAAAUAAAAUGGACCGAAUGGGAGCCAAUCCCUUCAAGGCUGUCGAGCAGAUCAACAGCAAAUUAAAGAUUCCCGCGGCAGCAAUUCAGAUCCCUAUUGGAAUCGAGGAUCAAUUCAAGGGCGUCGUUGACUUAAUAGACAUGAAAGCUAUCUACAGCGAAGGACCCAAGGGCACCAUUGUUCGAGUCGGUCCCGUACCCGAGGACCUGAAGGAACUUGCCGACAAGAAGCGCCAGGAGCUGAUUGAGAAGCUUGCAGACGUUGAUGAUGAGAUUGCUGAGAUUUUCCUCGAAGAAGGCACACCAACCAACCAGCAAAUCAUGGAUGCUAUCCGCAGGUCGACUGUCAAUCUAAAGUUCACUCCUGUCAUGAUGGGAUCUGCCUUGGCCGACAAGUCCAUUCAGCCCCUACUUGAUGCUGUCUGUGAUUACUUGCCCAACCCGGGUGAUGUCGAGAACGUGGCCCUGGAUCGUUCCAAGAACGAGGAGCAAACUAAGCUGGUUCCGUAUAACUCGUUACCAUUUGUCGGUUUAGCUUUCAAACUGGAAGAGAACAACUACGGCCAGCUUACUUACAUCCGAGUGUACCAAGGUACAUUGAGAAAAGGUACUUACUUGUUCAACUCGCGUACUGACAAGAAGGUCCGAAUUCCUCGAAUCGUCCGAAUGCAUUCGAAUGAGUUGGAGGAUGUCAAUGAGAUUGGUGCCGGCGAGAUUUGCGCCGUGUUCGGUGUCGAAUGCGCCUCUGGUGACACAUUCACAGACGGAAACUUGCCGUACACUAUGUCCUCCAUGUUCGUGCCAGAUGCAGUCAUGUCGCUUUCCAUCAAGCCUAAGCGAAGCACAGACGCCGACAAUUUCAGCAAGGCCAUGAACAGAUUCCAGCGUGAAGACCCUACCUUCCGACUUUAUGUCGACGAGGAGAGCGAAGAGACGAUCAUUUCGGGUAUGGGUGAAUUGCACUUGGAAAUUUACAUCGAACGAUUGCGACGAGAAUACAAGGUUGAGUGUACCACUGGCCAGCCCCGAGUCGCGUACCGUGAGACUAUCACCCAGAAGGCUGAAUUCGAUUAUCUUCUCAAGAGGCAGACUGGUGGGCCUGGUGACUUUGCCCGUGUCGGUGGAUGGAUCGAACCGAACGACGAGCCAGAGGCGAACAGCUUCGAGAACCGCGUUGUGGGUGGCGUUAUCCCCGACAAGUUCAUAUCCGCUUGCGGCAAGGGUUUCGAACUCUCUUGCGAAAAGGGACCUCUUCUCGGCCACAAGGUCAUCGGAACCCGCAUGAUCGUCAACGACGGCGCAACCCACGUGACGGAUUCUUCCGAUUACGCUUUCAGCUUGGCGGCGCAGAUGGCGUUCCGCAAGGUGUUCCCCGAGGCCGGUGGCCAGGUACUCGAGCCGCUGAUGAAGACAACCAUCAUGGCGCCCAACGAGUUCCAGGGCAAUAUCCUGAUGUUGAUGAACAAGCGCAACGCGACCAUCAUCGACACGGAGGUUGGCACCGAGGAUUUCACACUCAUCGCCGAUUGCAGUUUGAACGCCAUGUUUGGCUUCAGCACCCAGCUGAGAGCUGCUACCCAGGGCAAGGGCGAGUUCAGCAUGGAGUUCUCUCACUACGGAGCUGCACCACCGCAUUUACAGAAGGAGUUGAUCGCCAAAUACGAGAGGGAGCUCGAGGCAAAGAGGACGAAGUAAACAGCAUCUCUUUCCCCUUUAUAGGAUGCGCUUCAACGGGGCCAGCAUCUCCCAGGCGUUGGCUUGGCCUAUGUUGGGUUUGAUAACACGAUCAGACGAGUCGAUGGAUGACAUUCUUCUUUGAUCCCUCGCUAGAUGAAUCUUGCGUUAUAUCAAAGACUACCUAUACCAAGCGUAGCUCAUGAUGGGAAGAGACUGGGAGCGGCUCGAUUGAAAUAAAAAUAUCGCCUAUGUACAAUACGAAUGACGACAUACUAGAGUUAUAUGAAGAAAAAGGGAAGAAAGUCGAGAAAGAUAUAUGAUGGCCUACCUGUGCGGGAUGUGAGCUAGUCGGGCAUUGCUUUAUCUCUGCUCUGCGAGGUUGCCUUGCUUAGGUAGAAAAGGCGAUGAAUGGAUAGAGUUGGCAACGAAGUACCAAGUAAGGUACAUGAAUACCUGCCUGUCAUUGAAGAGCGCGAGAUAUACGCUUUGGUGUUUAGGUAUAGAAACGCUUAUAGAUGACAAGAAAGAAACUCCUCCCUCUACCGACCUAUUUAUAUUCACAUCCUUAGCAUUGGAUUGUGUAUUGUAUUGUAUCGUAUCGUAUCGUAUCACCUCAUAACUAGGCUAGGCAUUAUUGCUAAAUAGGACU